CCCAUAUGAAACAAUCUUCUCGUGCAUUUUUCCGUUUAUUGAUUUGUAGCCGGUAUCAGUUUGUUUCAGCAAUUUGUUGUCGUGUGGAAGUUGCGUUGCUUAAUAAUCAAAACUCACCGCCGAGAUCAAAAUGGUGAUUUUUGAUUGGCUUGUUGGGCCUCCGCAGCUGCUUCGCGACGCCUCAAAUGUGGUGGACCGUGCUCCCGCGCCGCACUCCGGCGCUGCAGAGCCCGUUGAACUACAAGGUCGCUCGCUCUCAAAAAUGAAGAGAACGACGACAUCGUUUGCACUGGGAGAGAUGUUGAAAGAUCAGGACUCCGCUAUUUCCAAAAAGAAAACCCACCAACAAGUUCUGCUUCUUCCCCGGCUCAGUGACGAUGAAGAUGAUGUGGACGAAGAUUUAACCUUAGCUGCAUCGGAAAAGAACCGUAAGUACGCAUCUGGCGAAAAUAAACCACCGUCGCCCAGCACGACUGCUAGUUCCGCUAUCGGUCGUCACGAAGAUGUACUAGAAGAUGGCAAAGCAACCAAUACACAACAUUUCGACUCCACUCCAGGGCACGCGCAGGCUAGUAUUGGUCCUUCGAGUACAACUACAAAAAAUGAUAAGAAGAGCCGCAGUACGGCAGCACUGAAACAGUUGCCAAAACAUCACAAAAUGUCCGAGUCGGAGCACCUCCGCGACACCGCGUAUUGGCGCCGCGUGCCCGGUGCGCCUGAUCUGGAGAUGUGCCUGCUCGAGGUGGAAAACACGGGCCUUACCACGACGGGUGGACAUACCUGGCCGAUUGCCCGGGUGCUCCACCGGUUUUUGAUGACGGCUUUCGACUGGUUAGGUGUCCGUGAACAUUUGAAAACACUGCAGCAGCAAGACAUGACUCAAAGGGACGAACAUGAUCCGGUCCGGAACACGGUGGUCGUCGAACUGGGUUCCGGCACUGGCUGGCUGGCCUUGAAUCUGUCUCAUCAACUGCAACGCGUUGUCGCGAGCCGCGAGAUGCCUUUUGCUCCAGGAGUGACCUACGGAUUAAAGAAACCGGAUUACCGGAUUAAAGACCCGACCCCGGAGGAAGCGCAGCAGUAUUGGCUGCGGCGGCUGCAUAAGAACAUAUCAAAUGUAAAAAUGUCUGGGUCUGGAAGAAUGCAACUUGUGAUGCUGCGUCUGCAUUAUCCAAAAAUCUGUAUUGCAUGAACAGCAAAAGAGACCUGGCUUUGGCCACGGCGAGAGGGCAUUUCUCGUGCGGUAUAGGCAUCAGAAAGCCCUCGAAAGAUCUGUGAUGCUAGGGCAUGCAUCUCAGACGUCAGGAGUGAGUCAUGCAAAAUGUGCAUGACAAACCUUGCAUCCUUCCAGACCCAGACAUUUUUGCAUUUGAUAGAACACCAUGAAGAAACACUGGCACGUAAUAGCAUCCGAACAGCAUGGCGCCGCGUUUAAUUGGCUGGCGCACAACGUGGCUCGCCACAAGAAGCAUUUCACACACGUUCCACGGAUAGACUUGGACGCGUAUCAACAAGGUACAACUUUCUCACUACUUUCUUUCUAGCACUUUUCUGAUGAUUGUGAUUUUGUGUACUAGUGGGACUCCAGACUAAAGGAGGUGCAUUUUUCGAAAAUAAAAGAAAAACCAUUACAUCAUUGUUCGUUGACAUUGGAUUUGGAAGUAUCUAUGAGAAUGGGAAAGAACUUGUCUUCUCUUAGGUAACAACAAGGAUGGAGGAUCGGCAGAACAGAUGUUUCCGGUAGGCAGUGGGUCUUUUGAAGAUGAGCAAGAACACGAUCUCGAGUUUCAAUCGGCUCCAUCAACUCCUACUCCACUCGGGUCAGGUAUACGAAUUCGCUUUUGGCUGAAAGACGAAAGUCAAAGUUUCACACAUUUUAGUACAGAUGUACAAUUCAUUGAGCAAUUUAGAGUUGCUUGCCUGCUUUGUUUUCGUGUACUGUUCACCAUGUUGAUAAGAGAAAAACCAAGCCACAAUAGAAUGGAUGGUCCAGUGUCUAGUACAUUAUGAUAUACAGAUGACGACGGGAAGAACACGACGAGCGACAAAGAUGCGAGCGGCACCUUGCUGCCAAUCGCACCGUGGGACGGAAUACUUGGCACAAUGCCAUUGGAUUGGAAAGAAGAUUACGAUAAGCGCAUUCCGAUUUCCAAGAUUCUCGAGGAUCAUUUCGAAGUCGACAAGUCGCACAGCGAAAAGUUCGAUUUGCUGUUGAUCGGAAGCGAUUUAGUCUACAACGACAUCGGAGCGGAAUGGCUUCUAUCAAAGUGCACAAGAACCCCUCGCCCAAUCUCACCAGCACUAGGAAUCUUCUGAUGCCCUUUAGCUUUCGUAGAUAAACCGAUCCCGUUGACAUGCAGCUGUAGUAGCACUGUGCGACGUAGAUUUGUAGGAGGUCAUGGAGAAUCUACAAGUGAACGAGGAGCCACACCGCAUGAGCAUGACACUCAUCGGUACAUGAUGUCAUGCCGAAGUAGCUGCAUCGUGUGGAAGUCACUGCCGUUUCUGUCCGUUUCUUUUUGCAAGAGUACAACUUUGGCGUGGGCGCGGAGAGGGGCACUUGCGCACUCGCAUACUUUCCCAAAAUCGUGUCCAAGAUGUUGGCGGAGAACUACAAGUGGGAUCUUCCGGGCGGCGACCCCCAGUGGAACCAAUUUGUGUACGCGCACACGCUGCAUCGCUACUCCUUGCUCGACAAGACUUUCCUGGAGAACUGCAAGAAAAACGGGUUACAGGUCCGCGAGGUCCUGCUGCCAGACCAGGUACAAUUCGACCCGCAACACCUCCCUUACGAUACCUACUUUCCGAAGGGGUCGUGGCGCAAUUUGAAUUUUCACUACACCUCCGUGGACCAGAUCCUCUACUACGAAGACUUUGACAAUUACGACUACGUCUUCCGCGAACAGAGAAGAGUCAUUUUCUUGAUCGAGCUAGCGGAGCAACCAAGCCCCGUCAACUUGGACGAACAGUGUUUACAACACGGCGCGGAAGAUAAUUCUGGUACUACGGAAGAAUCGGAUAGUCACUACAAUUCUUAUCAAGAUGGAAACGAACAGAUGAUAAACGAGGAUCGCGAUCGGAAUCAUCCGGCCGAUGACAUGGUUACCCCAAUCUGGGACGACGAGGACCCCGAGUAGACGAUUGCUGAUACUUCGGUAUUCGUAUUUCCUGGUGCUGUUGCUUUCUUUCAUCUUAAGGUUCGAACUUCAAAUGGUUUCGACAUUUUUCCCUUCUGGCAGACCUUUCAAUUAUAAGUGAUGAGCAUGUUGGAGGUGGUAAAAAUAAGUACAACAUAAGUACUAUGGAGUUGAUGCUGAAGUUGAAGAGCAAGCAUGAAGUCUCGUUCAGUUGCGGUUUUGUGACAGAUGACACAGCUGAUAACCUCUACUCUUUAUCAGAUACUUAUGACGAACCCAUCCUGGACCUACUUCGCUUCGCUACAGCCGUUGCAUUUCAUGUCCUCGGCGCUACAUCAUCAGGAGGAAAGUGCGGGUUCUCGCACGCGAAUGCAUCCGCAUGGGUGCUGUCUCCCGUGGCUGUACCUACAUGAUUACAACGCUCAGUGUGCGAAGUUAGAAAACAGGAAAAUAUGAUGGCAUACCCUAUGAAUGAUAAUGAUUUUCUCCCUCGUCCUCUCGUGAAUGAGCUUCUACUGCCUGAAAGUCCACUCAUUUUAAACAUUGCUGUUUGAAAGACAUGCUUCGAAUUUCCGCAGUACCGACACCUACGAAGGUGAUAGACCCGUAUAAGUGCCCAAGCGACUACCUGUACCCACACCCAUGCCUGCCACCGAUCCACCUCAGUAGAGGAAACCACGACCUAAGUCAAUGUUACAGAUAUUCUUAGAAAGAUAGAGAAUGAAAAAGAAGAACACUAUCAUGACAAAGCGUACUUCUUACUAUCGUUUAUUGUUAUUCUCCAAGAGGGAAACAAGCAUGCUUGUCGGAGGGAUGUAAAGACCACCGACUGCAGCACAAAAAAAUUUUCAACAAAACAAAAGAAAAGCGACAACGAAGCGCAUUUCAAAAUACAAAUGUGUAAAGUUAGUUGUACUAGUAGUUAGUACUACUCUACCUCUAGUACGACCAAAUAAAAAUAACAAGACGAAAUCAAAACGAAGACUAUAACCGAAACCUCGUUCUUUUUUAGCUCACUGCUUAUUGUUGUACUUGUCUGAAAAGUAUACCCGGUGAUCUCGCAUCGCUGGUUGGUCGACUAGUGCCACAGCUGCUGC